ACUAUACCAAUCGAACAGAAUAUAGGCUUCCUUUGGGUAAAACAUAAUCCUGAUACAAUUGAGCAACAAAAUGCGAUCUUAAGUGCAUAUUUUCCCCGAAAAUGUCGGGGUUUGGUAGACCUGGAUUGGUGGAAAGCAUCUGAGCUACGACAUUUUCUUUUGUACAAGAUUUUCACAUCCCAACGUUUACAAAUGCCUCAUACUGUUUACCUUUUUUCACAACAGUAUUCUGAUUUUCUAAUUGAUGUUUACAAGGUUGCUGUUCCUAAAGUUGCUGCCAGUUUUGGAUCAAACCAUCUAGUCUACAACAUACAGUUGUUCUCCCAUUUGGUUAGUUUCGUCAAGCUCUACGGUUGCUUUAUUCGUUUUUCCUGUUUCCUCUAUAAAUCAGAGUUGGGGCAUUUAAAUCCUUACACACAUGUGCCGAAACCACCGGUUGUU